AUAUUUGCUAAGUGAAUAAAGUUGUGCCUGAAAAGAGAUUAAUAGGUAGCUGGCACUAAUGAGUACUCAGAGUGAAAAAGCCUAACUCCAGACUUGUCUCCCAAUUAGGGGCAAGAAGGACACGGUUAAAUAAUUACUGUUAAUACCUAAAUGGCUUUUAUUAAAAGCUACUAACACUUUAAGUUCCAAAAAGCCUCGCGAUGCCCUGGUCCUUUAUCUCCCACCGUGCCUCGCGCGGCGCAGGCGCUGUUACUACGGCUGAGUCUCGGGAGCCAGAACUACACCUCCCAGAAAGCGUGCCGGGAUGUCGUUGGUUUGUUUCCGGAAAUGGGUCCCUAGCAAGGUGGGACUUAGGGCUGAGAGCUGUCAAUUGGUCAAGGUACGAGAUCGACGGUUAUACUGACUAAUGGGGACAAGCGACUGCCGAUGGGGCCCCACCAAAGGGGAGCAAGAGGUGCUGGCGGCGGCGGCAGUCGUAGAUCGACGCUGCUCAGGGCAGAAGAGCUCCCGCGUACGAAGCUUAUCUUUGACGGUCUCCGUCUGCCUCUGCCAUUGACUUGUGACGCUAGGCCCUUUUGGGCUCCUCUGACUCAACUAGCCAGACUCCAGACCAAAACCAUGUUCCCAGUGAAGGUGAAAGUGGAGAAAUCAGGAAGUCCCAGGGCUGGCCAAAGCAUAUCCCCAAGUGUCCUUCCAGGCUCUGAGCACUGUGCCAAAGCACCUACUAGCUGGAAGAGGAGAGCAAACACCUCACAGGAGUUGGAGAUGGCCAAGGCCCGGAACCAACUGGAUGCCGUUCUACAGUGUCUGCUGGAGAAGAGUCACAUGGACAGGGAGCGUCUGGAUGAGGAAGCCAGGAAGACCCCCUCAGACACCCACAGCAAGGAUUGCUCCAUUGUGGCCACUGGCAAACGGCCAUCUGCCCGCUUCCCCCACCAGCGGAGGAAGAAGAGAAGGGAGAUGGAUGAUGGGCUGGCCGAAGGAGGGCCACAACGAUCUAACACGUAUGUGAUUAAGCUGUUUGACCGGAGUGUGGACUUAGCUCAGUUCAGCGAGAACACACCGCUGUACCCAAUCUGCCGGGCCUGGAUGCGCAACAGCCCCACAGUGCGUGAGCACGAACGCUCACCCAGCUCACCAUUGCCCCCACUGCCCGAGGAUGAGGAGCCCCUGGGCCACCUGGAGAUGCCUGCAGAUCCCGAAUUCCAUCCCCACUGCAGCCUGAGACACAGGGUACCCCUGAGGAUGAGGUGGGUCUGCAAAGUUUGCCUGGGGCUAUGGGACAUAUGUUGUGGGGCUUGGGCAUGGCCACCGAGCCUGGCUUCUCUGUCCACACAGCCCUCUGAGCCCUCACCCUCACCUUCCACACUCAUCUACCGCAACAUGCAGCGCUGGAAACGCAUCCGCCAGAGGUGGAAGGAGGCAUCUCAUCGGAACCAGCUUCGUUACUCAGAAAGCAUGAAGAUCCUACGGGAGAUGUAUGAGCGACAGUGAUGUUCCCCUGACCUCAAUAAACAUUUCCCCUCUUUACACUGG